AUGGCAUGCCUUCACUUACCUGACCUCGUUACGCACAAUAUCAUCCAAAUUCUUCCCACCAAAGCUGCCGUCCGUAUGAGUUUUCUUUCCAAGCAAUGGGAAGGUGUGUGGUGUUCGAGCUCCGUCUUGGAUUUCGACGAGGGUGACUAUGAGGAAAGCAUUGAUUGUCGAGACAACCAAGGUGAUAAGCAUAGGAAGUUCAUCAACAUCUUGCUAAGAUAUUUGAGAUCUUGUGGGAAUGAUAAGCAAAAGAAGCUGAAGUUACUUAAACUGAGGCUUCAUAUGAAGGGCUACUUGUUUAGAGAGGACCCUAGCAUCGUUGAUAAGUUAUUAACUUGUUCGUUAGACAGAAACGUCAAAGAGUUAGAUAUAAGCCUCCGACUUGAUAGAUUAUUUCAGAGGGAUUGGCAUGAGAAUGAAAACUACUACUGCUUAUCUAGAACCACCUUUCUUGAUGCAACAUCUAUAACUACUCUCAAUUUGGCGUAUGUGAGGAUAAAGGACAUACGCAGUGCCAACAGUGGACGUCCUAUAGAUCAUAUAAGCCGGCUUCUUCCCUCCUUGAAAACAAUGUCCCUCAACAAUGUUCGCUUUGACAGGCACGCCCUCCGUUCCUUAAUUUGGGAGUGCCCUUGUAUUGAAUACUUGUCAUUAACUUCAUCUUCUUUCGAAGAUGAUCAAGAAGACGCACUCUCCAUGUUUUAUAUUUCAAGUUACAGUCUCAAGUUCUUGGAAGUCAAGUACUGCAAGGCUCAAGAUAUUCAAGUUGACCACACGGUUAUAGUUUGUUGA